AAACGAUUCUCGUGAAUACAAAAAAGCGGGUCAAAUACAUUGAUUAUAAUUCGCGCAUUUAUCCACAAUCCUUCCAAAAACCUCAAGCCGCUAAAGCAAAAGGAUGAACAGUUUAACGGCGAACUUCACGGCCCAGUUAUCCUCUCUCGCCGCGCAUUUCCCCGUCCGACGCCGCCUUCCGCGGCGUUUGCUCUACGCUCGACCUACCGUGCGCCGAUGGCCUUCCGGAAGAUUCGUGUGCAUGGCGAUUACUGGAUUUUAUUGCUCGUUUUUUCGGUGGAAAAGCAGGAACCGUAUCUAAUUACGAAAUUGGAGUCUGCUGAGAAAACGUGGAAAGAAUUAUCGGUCAAACUGGCUGAUCCGGAUGUGGUCUCAAAUCCAAGUGAGUAUCAGAAGUUAGCAGUGUCUUUGGCAGAGCUUGAUGAGGUCGUUUCAACCUUUAGGAGCUUCAAGGAUUGUGAGAAGCAAUUAGAAGAAGCAAAAGCUCUAGCAAAAGAGGCAGGUAAUGAUGAGGACAUGGUGGAGAUGAUUGCUUCCGAAAUUAAAAGCUUGACCAAACAAAUUAAAGAGCUUGAAGAGAGGCUAAAGGUCUUGCUUAUUCCUACAGACCCUCUUGAUGCAAGGAACAUACUGCUUGAAGUAAGAGCUGGUACUGGUGGAGAUGAAGCUGGAAUUUGGGCUGGUGAUCUUGUACGCAUGUAUCAAAAAUAUAGUGAACGUAAUUCCUGGAAGUACACACUGGUCUCAACCUCUGAGGCUGAAAAAGGAGGAUAUAAGACAUGUGUGAUGGAGAUACGAGGGCAACGUGUUUAUAGCAAACUGAAGUUCGAGUCGGGUGUACAUCGUGUUCAGCGUGUUCCCCAAACCGAAACCCAAGGCCGUGUUCACACAUCUACUGCAACUGUUGCAAUCAUGCCGGAGGCUGAUGAAGUUGAUGUAGAAAUUAACCCAAAAGAUAUUGAGCUUACAACAACUAGAUCUGGUGGUGCUGGAGGUAAACUUAGUGAACGUCUCCUGGGUGUCUUUUUCUUCCUCCAAAUUCAUAAUGCAGGGCAAAAUGUGAACAAGGUCGAAACGGCUGUUGAUCUUUUCCACAAACCAACGGGAAUAAGAAUCUUUUGCACAGAAGAAAGAUCGCAGCUUAAGAACAAGAAUCGAGCUCUCCAACUAUUGCGAGCAAAACUGUAUGAGAUAAAAGUUAGAGAGCAACAAGAGCAGCUGAGGAAUCAGCGAAGAAUGCAGGUAGGUACUGGGGCUCGUUCGGAGAAGAUCAGAACAUACAACUAUAAGGACAGUAGGGUUACAGACCAUCGGCUAAAAAUGAAUUUUGAGCUAACUUCAUUUCUGGAUGGGGACAUUGAGACAGCAGUUCAGUCUUGUGCAACUAUAGAGCAGAAGGAAAUACUCGAGGAGCUUGCUGAAUCUGUAAAUGCCAUGGCUGCUUGAUCAAAAUAUUGCUUAUCCGAUCUUAAUUGCAGAUUCGCCCAGUUACUGUUGCCAAAUUCCAAUUUCUGCCCACCCAAACUGUGAGUUGUGGCAGCAAUUGUGGAAAUUCAUGACAUGGGAUUCUUUAUCGAACGACAGAAGUUCAUAAAGGAGAGUUCGAACAAGAGUUGGAUGAUACAUGUGUGAGUAGUGUGUGCACGAGAUAUUUCUUCAUAUCACACUUAUUCUAAUGCACGUGUGUAGGUGUUUAAUCAAACGGUAAAAGUUGCCUGAGUUAUUGCAUCAAUUGCGUAAAAUCAUGUCAUGAGAUUAUUUAUCCAGAAUUAUGGCAUCAAUUGUGGAAAAUCAUGUAAUGGGAUUAUUUACCGAACAACGGAGAGUUUGAACAAUGAAAUCAGUAUGAAUUUGAUUCUAC